AUGUUAUUUUACGCCCUGAAAUUUACAGUAAUCGAGAGUACUGAAUUGGAAGAUCCAUCCGAUCGAGCGUUACUACGUCAAAUAGAUUGGCGUUGCGAGUGUUUACGAGAGCGAUUGAAGCUUGUGCAGUCUUCUAACGAAUGGAUGGAAAUUUCUGAGGAGCUCAUCGCUGCGCUUAUUCACUCUUAUGAAGUGCGUCACAUUUGCAGCGUAAUGCUGGAAUCAAUUUGCAUAAGCUGGAAUGAGGGACGGAUUGGAGCCGCCCAGCAGUAG